GGUGAGGAUGCAUUCCUGCGGCUAUCACAACGGAUGGGCUGGGCCGCACGACCGAUGCUACCACGGAUAACUCAGCUCUCCAGCUCAGUGCCAAUCACCUUCAUCUACGGAGGACGAUCUUGGGUUGACAUGUCCUCAGGUCUUCGUGUUCGGGCCAACCGACCACAGUCAUAUGUGGACGUUUUCGUGAGUGGCGGCUACCAUGCCUAUGCCCAGUACGCCGACGAGUUCAACGAUUACGUAAACGCUGUUGCUAACCUGGUUGAUGAGGGUUACGAGUUUCGUCCAGGCAGUGAGGACCUUGUCCGCGUUGAGCAAUCGACGCCGUCGAUUUACCGUCCUCGUGCUGGCUCUUUUCGUGCACGCGAAGAAAGUCCGGAAGACAGCCAGGACUCAGCUCUAACCCAACUUCACAAUCGUCCGAAACGCCGUUCCGUAGCGGGGAGGUAUCAUCCCCGCCUACCGAUGAUUAUGCUUCUCCUCAACAACGACAUCGCUCUUCCACCCUACACCCUCGUCCUCCUCCUUACUUCACGAAUGAAGACCCUUCGUCCUAACCCAGUGGAAAACCCUACCUCCUGGCUCUUUUAA